AUGCACCAGCCCUCUUUCUUGCGGACUUGGAGGAAACGCGUCAAUGGUCGCCCGCAAACUGCCCCUGAGGGAGCACUCCCUGAAAUGCACUCCAACAACGCGACUUCUGCUCCCUCUAGUUUGCUAACUGUGUCGAAAGGAAACAAAUCAGCUUCGACUCCAAAUUUUGUCACGGUGGAGGACAAGUACACAUCGCGACGUUCACCAACUACAGCCCCUUUGCCCCACUCCCCGUCCCUAUCCGAACGACCUUUACCCCCAAUGCCUCCACAACGUCCUCCCCGACCUCCACCGCUCGAUUUAGAUGGUUUGGAUUCCUCCAGUUCGCACUCGCCCAUUUCAAGUCGACGGCGCCGCCGCCCACCCCAACUCGAAAAUACUUGGGCAAGCUUCCUAGUGGAAGACGAUCAUCUUGCACCGCGUGCUAACUUUACGCGUUACUCUAAUGCAUCGAAUCCUACCUUGUCCGCAUCGAAAUCACCCUCGCAUGCUUCUGAUUACUCCGACUCGGAUGGCUCUGCCGAUGGUACUCAUAGUAUUACGAGCAGCGACUUUCCAUUGUCCUUAUUUCCCAAACCACCUCCGCUACGGACACAUCGGCCACCGCCGCUUACUCUUCGGCCCACUCCAACUAUAGCGCCACUUCCACCAUCACCAGCAUUCAUUAAUUCCAACGAUUCGACACCAGUAGCCACGCCUACCACCCCAGUGCCGAGACAAAGACAGCUAACUUCUCCGAUCAUCAUGCUGAAAAAGCCUUCAGGUCGUCGUGCUUUACCAAUCAGUCCCCCAUCUAGUCCCCCAACAUCUCCCCUCCCUCCUUCUCCCAAUGUUGUAAAAUCACCUAUUGGCCCUCGAUUGCGUUCGGCGCAGUCUGUGCCUCAUUUGCAGCCAAUCGCCAGCACCCAUCGGAACACUUCAAGUGACAGUAUCACCCAAAGACAACCGCGACCUCCCCUACCAUUGGAUCGGGAGGUGCGGCAGUGGGGCUAUGCAAUCUAA